GCCCAGGGUAGUUGAGAGGUGGGGAGGAGAAUUGAAUGGGCUAUGAGUUGUCAUUCCAGCCCUGCCACAUGGGUUAAUUACUGCAGCGCUCUCCUUCAUUAAAUCAUGCUGUCAAAUAGGGAUAAUGAUGGGUCUCAAGGUGACUACCCUUUGAUAGAAGGUACCAGAGGAAUAUAAAGUGUUAUUAAAUUGGUUCUGCAGUUAAGCUUCCUUAAAAAUAUAUCCUGAAAGCAGAGUGACUUUUCUUUUACAAGAUACGUGAAAAACCAGCAGGGCUUUGAAUUCUCUUCCUUCAGUGCCUGGCUACAAGUGCCAGCAACUUAUCCAGGCCAGGCCUGAUCGGCAUGACUAGAAUUGGUAGUAGUUAUGCCAAUGUUGCAAAGGCAUAAUCUUGGUUUAUAGAAAAAAAGCCCAGGCAGUGACUGUAUUAGAUUAAUUCUUUUUUAAUGGAAAAGACCAAUUGUUAAUAGUUUUUUAAGCUUGUAAAGAUAUCAGAACACUGUAACAGAGCUAAUGGUUGAAAGGGCAAGGCUUACUGCAUAGCAGAUUAGGCUGGGGUGGAAAAGACCAUUCUUGGGUUUUGUCACAGAUGACAUGGCCAUGACAAAUUAUGAAGCCUGAGUGUGGUCGUGGUAGUCCAGCCAAGUCUGGGGUGAGUGGCAUCGAGAUUGUUACUAAUGUAGGGCAAGCAUUAAGCAGAUCAUUAUUUGAGUACCUGGAGUAAGCAAUGCUGGGCAGGAUGGACAAUGAAGGGAUUCCCUGCAUGAAAGAGUAUCUCUUUGUCAUGGAGAGGCAUGGAUCCCAUUGAAACGGGAAAAAUCAGAGAGCCAGUGUGGUGCCUCCUAAAAACUGAAGCUGUCUGCAGUGCCAAAGAGCAGAAGAGUGAUAUGUGUAAGGAAGAGCAGAUGAGCAUGAACGUAUGUGUCCUACCUCUUUUCUGUCCCUUGCAGUUACUAGUUCAGUGCUCUGGUGUUACCCCGCCCCAUCCCUGCUCCCAGGCACUCAGCAUUUGCUAUCCUGUCUAGGUUCAGUUGUCCCUGUAUUAACCAGCUCUUGUAGGCGUAUAGCAGAAGCAAGAUUCCAUUGAUGCCUCUUUUCUUGCUCUUCACUGCCAGCAAGUGAUGGGGCAUAGCAGAGAUGCUGCUAGAACAAAGUAACCUACCAAAUGUGGCCCUGUUGUAAUGUCUUCCAUAUACAGAUGGAGCAUCCAGGAGGUUUCUCUGUAGGUGCUUCCUGUCUCCAGGAGAACAGUGGAGGCAACCACCGGCCUCCUUUGACGUCUGCAGCACACCGGAUUACUGGAGGCCCCUGCCCUACAAGGUCCUAACCAGCUUGGUUCUGGAUUACUUCAAGGAAACAUGAAGAGCUGGGAGCUCUCUCUCAUACUUUACAUAAUUCUUGAUGUUGUGCAUCGACAAUGAUGGACUUUGAGACUUGCUGUACAGAGUGAUGGCUGCAAGCUUUUCCUGUCAAGUGGGGAAGCCCAAGAAAUAGGAUUUUGAGUGAAUGACACCGUUGACUCAUGCUGUAGCACCUAGCCCACUUUGAGUCUUUCCCCUUCCUUUCUUGACUCCCUUGCUGAGUAGUCUCCAGUACAUGGGAAGGAUGGUUAUGGUGCCAAAAGCACAGAGCUGGGACUCUGGAGAUGCAGUUUUUAUUGCUAUUGAGCCACAGACUUCCUGGAUGACCUUGGGAUAGUCACUUAGUCUCCUGUGACUAGACAAGGAGAAUAAGACCCGACCCCUGACCCUCCGGCCUUCACAGGAGCCAAGGAUAAAUAGAUUCAUAACUGAGGCAUGCUGAUCAUAUGGCAAGGACAGGCAUGUAAUUCCCAAAGGCAGGCUCCCAUUGUCCUGCGUGCCAUUUUUGAUACCUCUGCAGUGAAGAUGUCUCUCAGUCACCACGCAGAUCACAUGAACCAUACAAUGAGCGGCACCAUGCCAUCCUCCGUGCAUCCGCCAGAACAUUAUCACCCUACGACGUCACCAGGACACAAUCAUGAAGGAGGAAUGAUGAUGAUGAUGGAUAUGACUUUCCACUUCAGCUAUAAGAAUGUGCCUCUCCUGUUCUCUGGACUUGUGAUCAAUACACCUGGAGAAAUGGCUGGUGCUUUUGUGGCUGUCUUCUUCCUAGCCAUGUUUUAUGAAGGUCUCAAGAUAGCUCGAGAGUGCCUGCUUCGUAAGUCGCAGGUCAGCAUUCGCUACAAUUCCAUGCCUGUCCCAGGACCAAACGGCACCAUCUUGAUGGAGACCCACAAAACAGUUGGACAACAGAUGCUGAGCUUCCCUCAUCUGCUGCAAACCGUGCUACACAUCAUCCAGGUGGUGGUCAGUUAUUUCCUCAUGUUGAUAUUCAUGACCUACAAUGGAUACCUCUGCAUAGCUGUGGCAGCAGGAGCAGGGACUGGCUACUUUUUCUUCAGCUGGAAAAAAGCUGUGGUUGUGGAUAUCACUGAGCACUGCCAUUAAUGCUGGACAUGUCAAGAACCUCUCUGCCCCUCUGCUCACUUUAACUUUAGCCAUUCAGAGAAUGAGGAUCAUUCCCAAACUGAAAACCAAUGUACAUCAAUACAAUCAACGUGGGUUUUACCACCAACUCGGACAGUGCCUGGCACAUGGGGAUUCCUUGCAUUGGGGAACAGUGCCACCCCUUUCUGACAUGGUAGCCUGGUACCUGGGCCAGGCAGACCAGCUUUCAGGAGUUGUGUGGGCACCGUCUUUGGUGAUGAUUUAUUUUUAGAUUCUAUCCCAAUUGAAAGAAAGUUGGCAGACAGGACUGUGCAAAGUUAUUCCAUUGCCCUUUUAGAAAUGUAUUUUUAACCAGGAAAUGGUCAGCAACAAGAUUUUUAUGAAUGGAAGAUAAAGGUUGAAUUAGAUGAUGGAGGAGAUAUGUGAAAAUAACAUUAAUUUUUAAUUAUUUUUUUUUAUAAUUGGUACUUAGUGCAAAGGAGGGAGCUGUCGGUGGCCUGAACCAAUAACACUUUCUGGGACUCAAUCCUGGAAACAGUGCUCUGCAUCAUGUUGUUGGGAAAGGGCAGGCCCUACUGACUCAUGGGAAACAUGUGCCUCUGAAGCAGGCAUGGUGUAGCCAUAUACCCCUGCACCAGACUGAGACCAUUUUCCAAGCCUGUUGGAGGGUGUUCAGCAUUGAUAUUUUGCUGGCUUAUCCAGAAGGCUCCAGCGAACAACAUUUCAGUUUGGCCACUUCCCACUUACUGAUCACGGAAGAGUACUCAGUUGGCAUAGGUCAGUAGUCUCUCACUUGGGUAGCAGGGAGAGAUUUUAAGUAACCAUUGACCUGAUGCCAACUUUGUCCUGAUUGGCAGUAGACUCCCAUUUAUCAUUUAGUGAAAAUCGUUGGUGGAACACCACAGCCAAAUGAUAACUUGUGACAUUAUUUCAUAAAAACCAAGUGAUGCCAACAGGGUUUUUAGGGGUUCCAGAGAAAAGGAGAUUCCUUGGCUGGGCUGGGAGAUGAGGAACCAGACUUCUAUGAGAGAAUGGGGAGUAGGGGUCCAAUAGCUCCUCGUGAGCAGGGAGGGGACUAUAAGGCCAAUAAAAAGUCAUCCAGCCCCUAAGGACUUCUCUUUUCUGUAAUCCCCAAAUCUUAAGACUUUCUCAACAUGGCUGUGUCAAGGCAGCAAGUGUCAAUGCCAGUGACAGAGCUGCUUAACAAUGUAGCAGAGAACUUUCUAGCUUGUGCUAGGAGCCAAACAGAUCUUACAGGGAAAGCAGGUUCAGUUCCUGGACAGGAGAGCCCUACCACGGAACGCCUGAGGUGCUGUAGGGAGUAGCAUUAAUUCUGCUUCUCGUACUAGAGGAGACCGUGCUGUUCAAUGUGCCAUCUUUUCAAUGAGAGGUAAAACUGAGGUCCUGAUUUGAUGUUAAAGAUUGUGCAGCCUUUUUUAGAAGAGAGCGGGCAUUAACCAGAGCGUGCCAGCCUAUUCUGACUGGAGGAAAAGCUGUUCAGCCUCCCCAAAACCCUCUGUGGUUUAAUUGGUAACCUCAUCCCUUACUUCUUCCUGUGCCUUGUAAGGUGUGAAAUGGCAGCUGUGAGGCACUUACUAGGAUCUCUGUAUACCAUUGAUCGAAAAUUUUGGCCUGAGAACAGCUUUUGGCUCUCAGAGCUCUUCCUUGUAGGUACCUGGCUUUGGGAAGGUGGACUUGGGUCUUUUCCAGAGGUUGACAUGGAUGGGAAAGCUGGAGAAUUGGUUCUGUACAGAGUUGGUUGGCUAAUUUAGAAGAUGCUUUGUGAUGAAAGAUGCUACAAAAUGCCAGUUACAGAGUUCCCACGUGUGACAUGAAGGACAGGGCUGCUUGUUUUCUAGUAGCCUCUUGAACAACUCUGGUAUCCCCAUAUGUUCUGUAAUCUGUGUUUUUCCUCCUUUGGUGACUUUCUUCCUGUUUCUGUUUCUGUAAAGAAAGGUUGGGCUGGCCCAACAGGUACACUAGGUAAAAUUGCUCAACCAAGGCAGGGAUACAUCUAGUCUCACAUCCUGUCUCCAACAGUAGCCAGUACCAGCCGAUUCAGUGGCAAUUGAAACCUUAACUGCACUCUUUAAAGUUUUAUUGCGGUACUGCAGCAAGGGAAAGGAAAGGAAAGGCUCAUUUUCCUUUUUGCUAACAGCUCUAUCUUCUGAAGUUGGAGUAACAUCCAUGCUUUUCAUAAAGACCUCAAACAGCUGCUUACAAUAUUUGCUCUUUAAUCUUUGGAGCAUUUCAUUGAUUAAAAAAAAAAAGGCAGGGUAGCAGUGUCGGAGAAGGAGGUUCCUCAGUUCAGCUCCACUUUGUGAACCAGAUUAAGUUUGGGCUAGAGAAAUAGCCAGUUACUUGAUUUUUUUUUCCCCCCCUCCUUACAUGACAGUCACUGGGGAGCCUUCCACACUGGCCUUAGUUAUUUCAUUUACUUUGGCUGUUCUUUCUGAAGGAGAAUAUCUCCAGUUGGCCUAAUCCUCUAUCAUGAAAGCUUCUGGACUUUUUUGCUUUUGCCUUAAGGUCCCCAAUCUUACUUAUCUGAGGGGUGGAUGACUCUGUUGAUUAGACACAGCCUCCACACCUGAUAGAGGAUUCUGUCCUUGUCACAUUAGCUUUUCUAAACUCUUCUGGGGCACCCUCUGCUUUUUUGGGAGGAGACCUGUAUUCUAUGCUCAUAUGGCCUUCACCAUAGUAGCUGAGCAGCUCAUAAUCCAUAGAGGAUUUGCCCUCGCAGCUAUGUUGAGGGGUAGGGCAGUGCUGUUAUCCCUGCUGCAUAGAAGGGGAUCUGAGACACUAAGUGACCUGAACAAGGCCACACAAUAUGUGGAGCAGGUAACUGAACUUCUCUUCAGUUCCAGGUUAGCAGUCAAACCGCUGGAUGACCCUUUUUGUUGUUGUUUCUAUAAGAUGUCCUGUGUUGGAAGCCAGCUAAUUGUUGGGUAUCUGACACGGAAAUUAGUUCCCAGAGCUCUGGAGAAAGCUGCAGUACUGAGGAGUUUCCUGAUUGCUGGGAGGAAGAUCAAGUGUGGAGUCUCUGGAGUCCUGUUCUUUAUUCUUUCCUUGAGAACCAGUCUCCUCUGCCUGCUGCUCUCCCCGGUGUAACUCGCCUCCUUACAGGUGCUUCUUCACUCCCUCUGGCUGGCAGAUGGCAAGGGGAGACUCUUUGUACUGGGAGCAGAGGCUUGGGGUGGAAAAGCCAGGAGCUGGCAGUGCCUCCAGCAUGUGAGGUGGAACAUAAGGGAUGUUCUACUGCUAGUCAGGCCCAGGUAGGGAUCUGAAGAAAAGAGGUAAUAAAUAAAGAUCCCUCAUGCAUGUGACUGUCACCUGUUCUCACAAUACUCUUGACUGCAGCAUUAUUCCCUUGGCACUUAACCAGCUGAGAGUUCCUCACCAUCUGCACUGGAUUUUCCAGCUAGAAUCCUUUCACAUCACUUGCAUGCUUCACAAAUUGUCUAAUCAUGGCCAGGACCUUUUAUCACAACUAGAUCCCACUUGCUAAAAGGGCUACCUAUUACCUCCUGUGGUUUUCUUCGAGCCAUAACUGGGCUCCAUGUUUGUUUUUUUCCUUUGUCAUCAUGUGUUAAUUAAAAACCUAGUGGUCUGUUUAUAAAUUCAGCUGAAAAGGGCAUGUACCUGUUGGUGUUACAGCUGGUGUAUCAAGGGGGGACUGACAUAUUACAGUGUUCCCUGCCCAGGCUGCUGCUCAAGUUUGCCAGUUGUCCAGUGAAGUACAUCUGCCCUCAUGGCAACUUUUAAUGACAGCUGGCUGGAGUUUUUUUGACAGGUGUAUUUGAGGCAGUCCUGUUGCUAAUUCUCAGCUUUUCCUUGUGCAGGGUUAGAAGGGAGGUAAGAACCCAGCGAUUUACUAACAUUUUAAUUUGCGCUUAAAUGAAAUGUGUAUGCAAUAUGCAAAGAAUGUGUGAUGUCCUAGAUCUAAGUGUUUUUAGUUUUCAAACAAGUGCAUCUCUUGAUUGUGACCUUGGAAGAAUUGCACAAAGCAUUCAGGCUCUGCCGAUCCACCGCAAAGACACUGGCUUUUGCUAUUUUAUCCAAGUGCCUUUUAGGAAUCAAUUGUGCUAGUGCCUUUUUAGUUUGAUCUCUAGCUGAUUCCAGCUGUACUUCAGGACAUAUGGUUUUGGCUACAGUGGACCAUUUCAUUUGCCUUUUAAAUUCAUUGUUUGUGAAGUCAACUUGUUCAAUGCUGAUGUGUGUAUCAAGAUCCUACUGUAUAUAAUUAGUGAAUAAAGUAGGCUGCAUUUUA